AUGGCAUCUCCAGUGGGUAUGUAUGAUGUUUCUCCUUUUCAGCACUCUACUGAGAUGUCAGUGCAAGCUCGAUGGCCACAUGUUCCUAAUGCUCCACCCUCAUCUAUUCCACCAUCAAUGCCAUUGCAUCAACAAGAAACUGAUGUAAAUGUCAACCAAUUACCUGAAGAACUUGGAUUAGUGGAAACUUCAAAUUCCACUGCUUCUAAGACUUCAUCUAAGGGUAUUAUUAAUAAGACCCCAUCUGAGAAAACCAGUACAGAUGUUGCUGCCAAAGUUGAUGUUCAGAAUGGAAAUAACAGCAAAAGUAAUAACCAGAAUGCAAGUUCUAGUUACCGGACCCAAAAGGUUGUAAUUUUAUGCAACCAAAGGAAACAAAAAAUAACUGCAACAGGCACAGGUAAUCCCAGUUAA